ACGAGCAGAAGACUUCCGGCUCUGCAUCAGUUUCUCUUCUAGAGAUGGAGAUUUCAAACUUGCACUUCUCUUUCUGGAUCUUCUUCGCAGUCGUCGUCAUCGCAGAAGGCUCCCGAAUCGACGGCGUUCCUCCGCCGGAAAGACGUGUAGCCUUAUUCGUAUUCGGCGAUUCCUUUUUCGAUCCUGGAAACAACAACUACAUCGACACCACCGAGGAUUUCCGGGCGAAUUUCACGCCCUACGGCGAAACUUUCUUCCACUUCCCCACCGGAAGGUUUUCCGAUGGCCGUCUCAUGCCGGAUUUCAUAGCCGAGUAUGCAAAAUUGCCUCUGAUUCCGCCAUAUUUAGAUCCUCACAACAAUCUCUACAUCCAUGGCGUUAAUUUUGCAUCCGGUGGAGGCGGCGCUUUAGUCGAAACUCACCGAGGAUUGGCCAUAGACAUUGAAACUCAGCUUAGGUAUUUCAACAAAGUGGAGAAAUCAUUAAGGAAGAAGCUCGGCGAUGCCGGAGCCCGCAGCUUGCUCUCAAACUCUGUUUAUUUGUUCAGCAUCGGAGGAAACGAUUACAUCGUCGCAUUCGACAAAGGCUCCACCGUGCUUCAAACGUACACCGAAACAGAGUACGUGAAAAUGGUGAUCGGAAACGUGACGACGGUGCUCGAAGAAAUAUACAAGAAAGGAGGAAGGAAAUUUGCGUUCGUGGCGGUGCCUCCUUUAGGUUGUUUGCCGCACUCGAGACUGGCGAGAGGAGACCGCCAUGGAAGGUGUUGGGAAGAAGCUUCGGCAUUGGCGAGACUGCACAACAAGAUGCUUCCCGGUGCCCUAAAGAAGCUUGCGAUCAAACUCAAAGGAUUCAAAUACACAGUCGCCGAUACCUACACUCUGCUUCAAAACAGAAUAGACAAUCCUUCCAAAUACGGUUUCAAGGAAGGGAAAAGUGGAUGCUGUGGGAGCGGAGAGUACAGAGGAAUAUAUAGCUGCGGAGGGAAGAGAGGACAGAAAGAGUUUGAACUCUGCAAAAAUCCCAACCAAUAUUUGUUCUUUGACUCUUAUCAUCCCAACCAAAGAGCUUACGAACAGUUUGCCAAGCACAUGUGGAGUGGGGACACCCAAGUAAUUAACCCUUAUAAUCUCAAACAACUCUUUCAACAUGACACAUCAUCCGCUUAAAUUUACUCGUUUUAGACUCGUACAAUAUGAGAAUAAGAAAUCGAGUCUGUAUUUGAUAUAUGAAUUUGCUAUUCAAUAAAAGAUAUAUGAGUUACACGAGCAUA